UAUAGAAAAGAAUUUGCUAAUGCAAUUGAAUGUCAUGAAUGUUGUCAAUCAAGGUGGAAAAACGUCAAGGAUACAAAUGAAAGGAGAAAGCAAAUUCCCUCUAAAGUGAUAUGGUACUUUCCAAUCAUUCCACGAUUUAAAAGGCUAUUCAGAAGCAUUGAAUGUGCUGAAAACUUGACUUGGCAUUCUACUGAAAGAAUUAAUGAUGGUAAGUUACGACAUCCAGCCAGACUCUCCAGCAUGGAAGUUAGUAGACAUGAAAUGGCAAGACUUUGGUUCUGAACCCAUAAAUCUUCGUUUAGCAUUGUCAGCCGAUGGAGUAAAUCCUCAUGGUGACAUGAGUUCUAAAUACAGUUGUUGGCCGGUAGUGAUGGUUAUUUACAAUCUUCCACCAUGGUUGUGUAUGAAAAGAAAGUACAUGAUGCUAUCAAUGCUAAUUUCAGGACCAAAACAACCAGGGGAUGACAUAGGCAUAUACUUAGCACCACUAAUUGAAGAUUUAAAACUUUUAUGGGAAAGUGGUGUUGAAUGUUAUGAUGCUUAUCGAGAAGAACCAUUCAACUUAAGGUCAGUUUUGUUGUGGACAAUCAAUGAUUUUCCUGCAUAUGGUAACCUUAGUGGAUGUUGUGUGAAAGGGUAUAAAGCAUGCCCAAUUUGUGGAGAUAAUACAAAUUCUAUAAGGUUAAAGUAUGGGAAGAAAAUGGCAUACCUUGGACAUCGUAGAUUUUUGGCACGAAAUCAUCUGUAUCGACGACAAAAGAAGUCAUUCAAUGGUAAAAAAGAACUUGAUACAAUUCCAGAGCCACUUUAUGGGGAGGAUGUGUAUUUAAAAUUGAAAGAUCUUGAAUUUUCUAGAGGGAAGAAGAACCAUAAGAAACGGUUGAUGAACAGAAGUGACAAAAUUUGUUGGAAUAGAUUAUCUUCUUUUUUUGAGUUGCCAUACUGGAAGGAUCUUCAUGUUAGACAUUGUUUAGAUGUGAUGCACAUUGAAAAAAAUGUUUGCAUGAAUAUCUUAGGUACAUUUCUUGAUAUUCCUGGAAAAAGUAAGGAUGGAUUGAAUGCUAGACGCGAUUUAGUUGAUCUAAAACUUCGACCAGAGCUUGCCCCUAUCAGAAUAUGUUACUCCUACUAAUUACUUUCAUUAUGUAAAAAAGACAUCUAAACGUGAGGAUGAGAUUAUACUUGAGAAUAAAGAACUUCGAAGGCGUGUAAGCGAAUUAGAAGCACAUAACCACUCAAACUUGUCUAGACCAUUAUCUGGACAUGGUAGCUGUUCGAAGCCAAAUAUCUUAGAAGAGAGUGACUCGAUGAAAAUAAUCAAAGGGAAGAGUAAGUUGAUGGAUAAAAUCGAAGGGAAAGAGGUGGAGGAGAUCAAUGUAAAUGACGACAAAGUAGAGUUGGACAUCUUUAAGGAGAGAGCCUUAAUAAAAAUGACUAAGGAAAAAGAGGUUGUCUGUGAAUCGACGUCAGUUUUGCCAAUGGGAAUGAAGUUGAUUCUCAUAUACGUUGAGAAGAUAAUGGAGAAAGAUUCUAGUAU